AAAGGGAAAGGGAAAGGGAAAGGGAAAGGGAAAGGGAAAGGGAAAGGGAAAGGGGAGUCCCCUGAGACUCUGAGCAGAUGCUGAAGGGGUGCAGUGCCUGCUUUCCUGAGGAACAGGGUGAGAAAAGAAGCAGAGAUGGAGGUUUAGGGGAGAACCUCUUCUCGUCUCAUGCUCCUGCACACCCUUGCACUGUGAAGAGCUGUAAUCCCAGGAGAAGCUCUCCAGGCUGGGGGUGACAGCCCUGGCACAACACUCUGCCAAAGAUUUCAGCAAUUUCAGCAAAUUCCCCCAUCCUACAGCAAAGCAUAACUGGCAUUCGUGCUGUGCCUCUGUUGCUGGGCAGUAGAAGCUCAUCCUCCCCACAAGAGCUGGGUGUCAGCCUGCACUGGAGCCAGGGAGGCUUGAGAGGCUGACUCUGUAAUGGAUCCUCACCAGCUAAUUGGUGUUUAUAGGCUUAGAUCUGUUGCUUCUUAAUUUUAUUCCAGCCCCUCGAUUGAAUUUCUCACAUGUAAGUGAGCCCCACGAGUCCAUCCUAGCCAUAUAUAAUGGAUGGUGGUGGAGGGAAAGAACACAAAUGUGGCUGAAUGCCAGUAACUGAUGCCCUGGCAGCAGUGCAGCAGAACCCUCUGCUGAACAUCCCCCACUGCCAGAGCCUGCCCUCAGUGCCUCCGUGCAAGACACUUCCUAUGUUCCCAGCACCUGGCCUGGGGCCAUGACCAGCCUUGGCCAUUCUCCAUUGGUCCCAAGAGCAGGACAAGGCUUGGAGCCAAGUCACCAAGCCACUAUCUCUAGGAACGGCGCCAGUUCCACCCACUGAGCCCUGGUGCUGCCACUCGAUGCCCCAUCAAAUAUUAAUACAAUGUUCAAUGCCUCUGUGCCCCAGCCCAGCACCACAGCCCUGGCUCCUGUACUCUCCAGGGCUGCCUAACCACUCCAACCUCCCCUCCUGCCCUGUAUUACUCCUUGCUUCCCAUACAGGCGCUUUGGGGGUGCAGCCACACCACCUUUGUGUUCCCUGAGCAGGGCACGACGGGACCCGGCCCUCUAACUUCAGCAGGAGGUAAGAUCCCACUGGGGCUGGGGCAGCAGGCACCCCCAUCCCCGAGGGAUGCCAGCCUUUCACCCCAGGGAGCGGGAGGACGGGCCGGGGGCUUGGGAUGCCUGGAGAAGGGCUGGUGGCCGUGGGGCUCAGUCCUUGGCUGCAGAGGGAUAGCGGGCAGCAGGGAUUCCUCAGCUCUGUCCCUUCCUCUGAAGGAAUCAGAUCCACCGUGGCUGUCCCCCGAGGAGGGUUCUCCCCAAGGUCCAGGGCGAUGUGUCGGGUCACCCCUCCGCUGGGGGGGAGGUCCUGGAGGUGUUUGGGCCUACCUCCCCUUGCUGCCCUCCCCAGGAGGAGGCCCCCGCCUCUGCCCCCAGCAGCCGCCCGGCCCGGCAGGGGAUGGAGCCCGGCAGGUCGGUGCCGGCGGAGCUGAAGCUCCGCAAGCCCUCGCAGCGGGCCAGGAUCCCGGCGCCCUUCCUCGCCCACCCGGUAGGUCGCUGGCUCGGCCCGCGGCCCCCGGCUCGUCCCCUCGGCGGCCGCACCCCUUCGAGCCCCCCAUGACUCUGUCCGCACAGGACGGGGCGCCUGGGCCGGCCGGGACUCCCGGGCCGGACCCCGCGGAGGCAGACGCGGAAUCCCUGGUACCCACACACGAUGAGCGGGGCCGCCUCAUCCCCGAGUGGAAGCGGCAAGUGAUGGUGCGGCGGCUGCGGGCCAGACUGGGGGACGAGGACCCGGCGGGAGGGCAGGAUGCAGCCUCCUGGAGCUUCUCGCACUCCCACCAAGCCGUGCUGGGCCCGUUCGGGGAGCUGCUGACCGAGGCGGACCUGCAUCAGUUGGAGAGGGCAGUGGAGAGCCUGCGGCUGCGGCGGCGUGGCGAGGUGUACCAGAACGAGCUGCGGCGCCUGGUGCGGGAGCUACGCGCCCUCUUGCCCGCCCCGCUGCUCAGCAUCUCCGUCCGCAGCCCCCCGCCUGCUCCGGGGCUGCCGCUGCCCCUCUGGUGCGGCCGCCUGGCCGGCGCCGUCAAUAGCCUGGCCGCGCUGCUGGGCAACGCCGAGGGGCUGCGGGCUCCCUGCGCUGCCAUCGCCGCGCCCGCCGCUAUCCCGGCUCUCCCCGCCGCCGCCGGACAUCCCCGGGAGCCGGGGGGCAGCCUGGCGCAGAGGGAGAUCCGGCAGUGCGGGGUCUGCGUCCGCAGCCUGCGCGGCGCCUUCGAGCCCGCCUGGGGGGCGGCGGGGAGCGCCCCGGCCGGGGCCGGCGAGGCGGAGGCCGCCAGCGACUCGGGCAUCAGCUGCGAGGAGGCGUUUUCCGACGGCGGCGGCGGCUUCCCGCCGAAGGGGAAGGGGCUGGGGCCGGAGUGGGGCAGCUUGAGGAAGGAACGGAUCGUGAUGCUCUUCCUGAGCCACUGGAAACGCUCCGCUUACGCGCCCCUACGGCCCGCCGCCGGGGAGCCUCGGGAGCCGGCGGGGAGCGGGGCCCGGGCGGCCGCACGCCUGGCGCGGCAGAGAGCGGCCAUCCAGCGGCUCCUGAACGGCUGGAGAGAUGCCGCCUCCCGCCGCCCCCCGCCGCCGCCCCCCGCCCGCACCCUGCUCUCCCCGGAGCAGUUCGUGUCGGCGGCGGGGGGCGGCCCGGCCGCGUACGAGAGCCUGUCGCUGGAGCUAUUCAUGCUGGGCUAUUUCCGCAUCUUGGAGCAGGACCUGUCCCCCGAGGAGCGCCGAGGCCGCCACCUGCUCUGUUUCGAGGUGUUUGAGCAGCUGGGCCGGCACGGCUGGCGGGCGGUGCGGGCCUUCCACCGCGCCGUCAUCGACGAGAUCGCGGCCGGGCGGCGCGGCUGGAGCGACGGCUUCGAGGACAUCAAGGCCCGGUUCUUCGGGAGCUCGCGCAGCCCGGCCCAGCCGCCGGGACAGCCCGGGGAGGAGGGGGACGAGAUUUGUCGCUACAUCGAUCGCAGCUUCGCCUUUUGGAAGGAGAAGGAGGCCGAGAUCUUCAGCCUGGAGGAGUGAUGCCGAGGGGCUUCGGAGGCCGCGGGCUGCAAUAAAAACCUUCUCGGUUCUGUCCCAGCUGAGCGAGGCUUUCCGGGACGGUGAAGAAAGCUGCUGAGCUGGGCGGGCCGCCUCAGCACCCCGGCUCCCCCUUUCCCAGGGCGAGCCUUUCAGGCCUCGGCUGCCGCCGCGUGUUUACGGCUGCGGCGGAGUGAGAUAAGGACCUUAUUUAUAGCGGCUCCGGCACUGAGAGCCGGACGAGCGAGGAGGGCAUCGCGGGGACCCCCUGCUGCCGAUGGGGUGGAGGGAGGGUCCUGUGCGAGCUGUCCCUCCAGCCUCGCUGGCCAGCCGACCCCUUCGCCAGGGGAAGGCUUUCCCAAAGGCAGCGGUGUCGCGGGAUGGGGCAAUAGCGAGGAUGGACGGCGGCGAGAGCUCUGCCCGUGCGGUGCCUUUAAGAGGGGGGAGCAGUGUCCAGGUGCCGCCUAAAAAUAGCGAGGGCCCCUGGUCCCGGCUGA